GCUGGGCUUAUAGCUUUAUCUGUCAAUUGUUGAUAGAUUGUAUAAAAGCGUGUUUUGAGGGUGCCUUGUUAUCAUUUAGGCACUUCGUUUGCAGCUCGUCGCAUCGAUACGUUGAUCUUAUGAGCAUUAAUGUUGGCUGACACUAAACAUAAGCUUAAGCAAUAAUAACUUGAUAUCAUAUUCUGUUUUAUUUCAAUUAAACGAUGCGUAAAUCGGUUUUGUUCAUCAAUAUGAGGAUUUUAAGAUGCGUUUCGCUUAUUGCUUUGAACUUCAGUAUUGUAGUAGCUAUGCCAGAACUCACAAGCAUUGCUGGCGCUGCAAUAGGUGCAUUGAAAGAGCGAACCAGACGCGAUUCUGCAGCGGGCACAUCCAAUUUAACUUACACAGGUUGUGGUCACUGGUCACAAUGGAUCAGCCGCAAUACGCCGAUGUCCCCAUUUAGCCGCGAAGAGGAGCACUUUACGCCGGAUGACUUACAAAAACUUUGUCCUUCUGGAAUGGUCAAGGAUUUUCGCUGCAAAGAUGAAAAAGGGGAAGCGAUACACGAUAUAAUUAAUGAAACAAGUGUCGACAAAACGUUCGUAUUUUACUGCUACAACAUGUCUUCUACGUGUUACGUGCUCAAUUCAACAGGGGCAAUAUGUCCAGAUUAUGCAAUUAAAAUAAGAUGUGAAUGUUCAUCAACAACAACAACAACACCAACACAAUCAUCAUUGCCUUGGUCAGGCAGCGGAAAUGGAACAAGUGUUUCAGAAAUGGGAAGAGUAACAAUAGGUAUUGGUCCAGGCAGCGGACGUGAGACAAGCAAUUCCGGAUCAGACGUUAGAAAAGGAACAAGCGGUUUGGAAACGGGAAGUGGAACAGGCGGCUCAGAAGCGGUAAGUGAAACAAGCCGUUCAGGACCAGGAAGUGGAACAGGCGGCAAUCUAUCGGGCAGGUACGACAGUUUCGCUGGAGCCUCUUUCGCCGAUGGAAACUUCUCAGCUGGCGGCACCAGCACGCCGUGGUUGCUUAUUCCACUGGUCGUAUCUUUGGUCCUCUUUGUCGUCAAUCUGAUCCUGGUCCUGUGUGUUUACAACAAGCUAAAAAUGCAGAUUAGAACCAACCAGGUUAGACCUAUAUAACAAUAUUUUCAACAACCAUUGCAUAACUCUAUUUGGAGGACACAUUUUCAUUAUUUACCAUUAUAAUAAUAUCAGAAUCUAUUUAACUGACGCAAGUGUGUAUAUGCACAUAUUUGUUUGGUUUCUGAGAUAAUUGUAAUGGUUAUACUCGAAUGACCUUCUUUUUAUACUUGCAAGAUGUGUCAUAUCCAAACUAAAUGACUUUUUGGAAUGAAAAGUCUUGAGUGUUGUUUUUUGUUCAAAUGAUACAUGCACGCUUUUUCCUUUUCUUCGUAACAAAUCGUGGUUGUGAUAAAAACAACGAUGAGCAUGUAUUUAGUGUAAACGUGUUUCCAUAAUAAUAAACAAAAGCACAGAAGCAACUUCAAGGUAAACAUUGUUAUGGAACAAAUCGAUGUAAUCAUCUGCAUAAAGAGCACAACCGUGCAGGCAGAAUUUGAAAUUGCCAAGCAAUAUUCCAUUGUUAACUUCACAAUUGUCCUUGAUUGAAAAGCAGGGCAUCAGGAGCUUAUUAAUGUAUGGAGGCAAUUCAGUGAAACAUCCGUAUAUAUGUUUUGUAAUAAGUUGCUAUCAUACACAAACAGAGUAAAAUGAAGCGACUACCUACGUUACAACGUAUGCUAUGAAUGAUAAUAUGCUGUAAAUGUGCUGUAUAUAGGAAACAACAAGAUGAUUGCAAAUUGAUUUAACAUCAAUUGUGUUUAUUGACCAGCCGUAUAAUUAUGCCAAUUCAAGAAAAUAUAUGGCAUUUUUGAAAAGAAA